GCCCGAUGAAACUUUAUACCUCCAGACGUCAAAGAUAUGCUAUGCAUUCGCCUCCCACGUGACGAAACAGACAACUUCGGUUUCACUUGAGUUUCAGCUUUCACAUAUCGCGUCCUUGAAACAGUUUGACCUGAUCUGUUUGAGCUUAUAUUUGAGCCUUGAAGCGGCCUUAUAACACAACACAAAAUGGGAAUAAACUGUCAAAAAGCCGGGAAGAUGUAGUGUAGUCAUUUAAAAAGGUAAGCUCAAAGUUUUCAAUUUGUCUUUUGAAAGAUGUCCACUGUCGCUUCAGUCUUGCGAGUCGCCGCUGCUGAUUUUCAUUGUCGUCUUUAGCCGUUUAGUUUAGUUAACCUUGAGUUUGAUUUCCAGACCACUUCGUUCGUGUGUUUAAAAGAUCAUACUUCUAAACAGCUUACUAUACAUGACAUAUGCUUUUAUCAUCGAUAAAAAUUGUGAUCAUCAUCAUAUUUGAUCAUGAUGAUGUAAAAGAAUGGUGGAUUAUCUCUGUUUGCCCAUAAAUAAACCGAAACUUCCGCUCUAGACAUUGCAAAGACUGUAAGUAUUGGCUAUUAGUAUGUGAAUGUUUUCUCCUUUAAUGAAUGUAAAGUUUGGCCGUGAUUUCUUAUUUUGUCCGGGUUUCAAAACUCUCAGCGAGGGCUCCUAAAUAUUAAACCGUGUGAUGUGUGCUUGUUGUCACGCGGCCAUUCACCCAGAUAUGAUCAUAAUUUUUUCUCACACCGAGAAAAAUUCAUUGAAUUAACAGUGGGUAAGGAAUUCCACUUGAAAGGAUCAGGAAUGCUCAUAAAAAAGUUUGAGUUGAAAUCCUAAGGGGACCAUUCUGGACGUGGGUAACACUUUAUUUGACCCUAAAGGAGAGGAUAGUCAGUAGUUAUACCCAGUAUAAGGGCUUUGGUUUUAUUAUAUUAUUUUACAUUUCUUUGCACAUGAGCCUGAAAAGUACCUGUAUGGGUAAAAAUAUUGACUUUCUAUCCUGAAAACCCCAAGGAAGAUUGAAAUCCCAAAUUUUCACCCCUAAGUGAGAUGAGGGCUUCUCUGUUCUUUUCAUAUGGGGUACUACUAAAGUUUGAGUUGAAAUCCUAAGGGGACCAUUCUGGACGUGGGUAACACUUUAUUUGACCCUAAAGGAGAGGAUAGUCAGUAGUUAUACCCAGUAUAAGGGCUUUGGUUUUAUUAUAUUAUUUUACAUUUCUUUGCACAUGAGCCUGAAAAGUACCUGUAUGGGUAAAAAUAUUGACUUUCUAUCCUGAAAACCCCAAGGAAGAUUGAAAUCCCAAAUUUUUACCCCUAAGUGAGAUGAAGGCUUCUCUGUUCUUUUCAUAUGGGGUACUAACCCCUCCUCCUUCCCUCUUGGAUUCAAAUGUAAAGAGUUGGUGGGCAUUGAUUUGAAACCAAGAAGGCUUCCAUUACAGUAACUCCUCAAUCUCAGUGAUCUAAACAGAAAAAAAUGGGGGAUUGUUAACAGUCAAGCUUAUUUGCAUUUUCUUUUAAAAUAUGUCACCUUCUAAACUUUUUUCAAUAUAUUCACUCUCACACUGUUGUUUAUAUUUCAGCAUGUGUCCAUGGAUUCACUCUUAAAUUCAGAUACUGAAGAGAACUUACAGUUGAAUGUGCCUUAUGAUGAAACUUUUAACAGUUUGGUCAACUACAAUUCAGAACUCAUCUAUGGUCCUACUUCUUCACAUACACACCCAAGUCAAAGAACUGCUCCAUUGGACAUCAGGCACAAGCUCCCAACUAAACUGUCUAAAAACCCAAGUACUUAUGAAAAAGAGAUUCGUCAAUUGGUGAUUGACUUAUACUCAGACAAGAAAGUGUCCAAUCAGGAUCUAGACCAAUCAACAAACAUGACAUCCUCAGCUAGUUAUUAUAAGGUACAAGAAAAAGGACAUUCUGUGGCACAAGAGUCUGGGGAUCCUGUGCUGCAAGAGCAAGAGGCUAGAGUUCAUUUGUUGGAAACAACUGCCCAUCCUGUGGUGCAAUUGCCUGAAACUCCUAUAUCACAAAGGCCACCAUCUGAAGGUGCAUCAUUCUGGGGUACUCAGAGAGUGAGUGCCCCUCAGCCCCUUGAUAUCAGACGUGUGACAGAGCCCUCUCAGAACCUCUCAGAAUCUGGCUCAGAAGGGUAUUUUUCCCAAGAAAAUAGUAUUGCAUCAGCUGAAGAGGGUACAAUACAGAGUUUACAGGAGCUACAAAGUUAUUUGGCAAAAUAUCAGACCAGCAAGCAAGGUACAUCCUACAAUGCUAUUUUCUCCUUACUUGCCCCUUCCUCUCCCCACCCCAUCUUUUUAUUUGGAGCUGACCUUCCUUUCUAGCUGCCCCCUCCCCCCCCCUUUCCUGUCACAUCCAUCCUGUCUUGUAAAAUUCUCAUUGAUAUCUCCAUAUUUCGUAAUCUCUAGGUUUAUUACCUGAUUAAUUUCCCCUGAUAAAUGUUACAAGGUAUUUGUUAAUAGGACAACAUUAUUUGAUUCUUCAACUUUCUAAGUGAUGUACUGUAGUAUGGAAAUUUCUUUGUUCCGGAACAACUUCUUUUGUCAAGUUUUUGCCAGACUGAAGAUUUACAGUCUCUGUUUAUAUAUUUAGUAAAAGAUCGGCUCUAUUUACUCCUGUUAAAUAUUGCAAAAUCUUUUCCUCACAUCGUAGAAUUGUCCUCCAGAAAUGUCAGCUUCUCCUCAGACAUGACAACUCCAUUAUUUGAUGACUCUGGGAUACAUCUUGAGUUUACUCUGCCUUUUGACACAGACAUACCUGAGGAAGGGGCUUUGCAUAACAAUAGUGAUGGACAGAGACAGACAGAGGCCUGCCCACGACCUUCUUUCUUUUUCACAAAAGAUGAAGAAAGUGAACCAGACGUUUCACUGCUGGAAAUGCUUCAAGGCUCUCAGAGACAAGGAGACGGAGAAAAUGGUGGCAACAAAAAUCUGGCGGCAAGGGACGGUCAAGCAAACGAUCUUGUUCCUUCCAAGGAGGACAUCCCAAGAAAGCAGAUGUCUGGUUCCAGUCAUGUUCAGAAUUUCCCUGCUUUACGAAGCCCUGAAAAUGAAUCCGAAAAUAAGCCCCCCUGGUAUGGUCAUGAAAAGAAGGCGGAACUUGCAGUCACAGAGAUGGGAAGUUUGGGAACAAGGGUGCAGAUUCCAGACACGGCUCAAUUUGUUGUUCCAAGUUCUGGAGAUAAUAAAUGUGUCUUUUCGUUGGAAAACGUGCAACUUCCAAAGUCUCCAAAUGAUCGUGAAAGCAGUGCGGAUCUUGAAGCCACAGACGGUAUGUUAGCAAUGCAGAAACCAUUUGUGAGGGAAAGCUGUCAUGAGUUUGAACUUCAGCGCGCGGGUUUGGAAGGAAAAUUGGAAUCUCUACAAGAGGAAUUUGCCAAUGUUUUAGAAGAGAGGAAGAGGCUUCAGUUAAGACUCCAGGCACUGGAGGCACGACUUAAAGAGGAGAUGCAGAAAGCGCGAGAAACCAAACCAACGGCAGUAACGCUAGUUGUCGAACUGCAAAAAAAUAAGGCUGAGCUGGAAAACCAGCUGAUGAAAUUACAGAGUGCUUACGAAGAAAAAAACGAUGGGCUUACCGUGGCACUUGAGCGCUUGAAGACAGCUGGUGGAACUAUUCAGAAUCUGAAACAAAAGUUGUCGGUAUUAGAGGAAGAAAUAUGUCAAAGAGAAAAAACGGUAACUGCGCUUCAAGCUGAGAUGGAUAGUCUUAGAAAAUUGCUUGAGCAAGCUAAAGACCAGAACGAACAAUUCAACAAUGAGAAUAAAGCUCUGAAUGCAGAAAUAGCGAGUCUGGUAGAGGGUAAAGAGUGGCUACAGAAGCAGCUUUCUGUAGCUGGAGAAGCGAGGACAAAGAUGCAGCUUGAAGCUAGCGAACUUGAGUCCACGUUGGCAGCGAAAAAUCAGCUGAUUGAGCAGCUGAGAUGUGACAGUGCACGUUCGGCUCAGCAACUUUCAGAACUGCAACAAAGCUCUCUCGCGGAAAAGGCGAAUAUUUUAAAGCACAUGGAGCAGGUUGAAGAUAGUGUCAACCAGCAAAAUCUGACUUUUAAAGAGAAGGAAAUUGAUAAGCAAAGGGUGGAAAGAACUUUAAGAGAGAGAGUCGAGUCACUGAUAACUGAAAACAAGAGGCUUCUUAAGCUUAUUAGUUCAGCUGGGGAAAUUGAGGAAGAACUUGAUGCGGCCAAAAAAGAUGUGGUUUUGAAAGAGGCUUUGCUCGACGCUAUUACGAAAGAAAAAGACGAAAUCAGAGAGCAACUGAAGCUAGCACGUGAUUCCACAGAGGAGUUUAAGAGAAAUAUUAACGAGUUGGAGUCAAAGUUCAACGAAAUUAAACAAGAGCUCAAGACAGCGCAAAAAGACAUAAGCGAAAAGGAGAAUUAUAUCGAGAAACUGAACGAAGAAAAGCGAAUUUUGAAAGAGAAUCUAGAAGUUGCACACCAGGAACGUGCAGCGUGUGAUAAUGCCAUUCAAACACUGAGGCUGGAUCUUGAGAAAGUUGAUCGUCGAUUUAAGCUUAUGAAGAGGGAACUGACCGCAAAGAAAUGCCAGCUUGAAGAGACAACUCGACAGAAGGAUAGUUUUAUGGGCGAACUGCGCGCUUUAAGAGAGGGUUUGGAGAAUCAAGUGAGCUUAAACGGUGCCAUAAAAGAACAGUUAGCACAGAAGGAGAAACUCACUGAAGAAUUCCAAGAAAUGAAAGUCGCUCUGGAAAAGGAGAUUGGUAGUUUGAAUCGGCAGAUAGAGUCUGCACAAGACGAGCUCACUAGAAUGGACCACGAGAGAAAUGAGAUCCAGGAAAAACUUCAGUCUGCAGUGAGGUAACCAAGUUAUAAAUAAUGGUUUGCUUAAAAAAAACAUGAAAACUAUGAAAAACAUCCUUCAAGGUGGCUCGAUGGGGUUUUUCAGGGUCAUUACUUACCUCAUUUAUCUCGUUUUCGCCCGUCCAUACGAAAAUGCUAAAACGACGGAAACAAGGAAACACGUCCACUGGCGAAAAAUGUACUGAAAGCCCAUACGUCUUAUGAAAUUUCACGUGAUCGGUAAUGAAACACACUAGCAUUCCUUACAGAGAAUGCGUAAUGCUAGAAGCACAUGAUGUAUUUUACUCGAUAACCUCCAUUUUCGUCCUUCCCCUUGUAAGCAAUUAGCCGGCGUUUUCAAAACUCACACUCUGAAAACCAUCAGGUUCGAAAAACUACAUUUUUUUUGGUGCCCCAAAACGUCGUUUACAAGAGGACAGAAGGUUAAAACGGAGAAAAAAAUGCCCGUUUUCAAAAAUAUCCAGAUACUUGUAAACUGGGCCUUUUUAAAAAAUGUCUGCGCGUAAGCUCUUCGAGAGGCGAGGGUUCACGCGCAAUCGCGAGAGACUGAUUUGGGCGGGAUUCUUUGCCUCUCGCUAUUCUCAGGUAGGGAUUUUCAGUGCUGGCAGGCUAUUUACACUGCGAACGUGAUAUAACUGGACUAGAUGUUCAUUUGAGCGAUAUUGAAAGGAAGAAUAUUUUGUUCUGUUUGUAGGGAAAUUGUCACGAAAGAGGAGAAGUUUCAAAAGUCCCUAAUGGAACGAGCAAGGUUGGAAGGCGAACUCGAGACAACAAAAAAUUCAAACAAGGAAGAAAAUGAAGUGUUGAAAAGUCAAAACGCAACGAUUAGAGAAGAAAGUAAGAAGGAAAAGAUGCUGCUACAGGCAGAAGUUACGAAGGAGCGGGAUAAAGUCAUUAACAUGGAACAAGAACUUAAAUUUUUAACCGAUGAAAUAAAGAGAAAGGAAACGCUUUAUAAUCAGGAACUACAGACUACGGAGGCGAGUUUGGAGGAAAUGAAAAGUAGAAAGGAGAUCGCAGAACAGGAAUUGAAGAAACUUCAUGAAUUGACCGAGGAAAGAGUAGAGGAAUUGAAGAAAAGCUACAAAAGCAAACUUGAAGGACUCAAACACGAACUUGAUUCUGUGCACCAUGCAAAGGUAAGGAAAAGCUUGCGAUAUCAUUACAUACCUAUACUGUACCUCAGUCUCCAUUAUGUUGAAGUUGAGCCUUCUUAUUUUGACGCUGGCGAAAAGGUUACUGAGUGCCAGCUUGACUGGCCACUUUUGACAAGUGCGUAUCUUUUUCUUUGCUGUACUUUGAUUGGAUAAUAAUUCUCACGCCAUUUUUUUCCACCAAUCAGAAGUAUAAGCAAAACCAAUCACUUACUGUUCGCACCCGUUUUCCCGCGCUUUGCGUCUUCUAAUUUUGAUUGGUUCUUAAUCCUGGUUUCCAUAUCAUCGCCCGGCUUAGACGGGCUAAAUGAUUAUCCGGGAACUUACCUAAAGACCUGCCUCGUCUCUAGUUGCUCGCGAUCGCUUAUUUUGGGGAUAGGAUAGGAAAGGAAAGCGGGUCGAAGGGGUUGAUGGGUAAGGAAGAAGAGGCAAAACUUUCCCUUUUGUCCAUUUGUUCCUUUUAAUCACCCCCCGUUUGCUCUGUAAUCGCUCCCAUUAUCCCCUCGCUCCGCGCUGGUCUGGCUUCCUGCUCAACGUUGGAAAAGCAGUUGGAGGAAGCAGCCUAAAUAGAGGCUUAAGUUUUAUCCGAUCUGUAAUCGUCUGGGUCAUACAGCAUCGUAUCAGAAUGACCUUCUUGAACGCUGGAAAACAUUUUGAGACGAUUCGGGCAACUUGUGCAUGGUCAUUAAAUUGAAAAAGUAUAUCUAAUAUCGCUACUCUACGUAAGAAAAUGUUACUCCAUUUUCAUUUUUACUCUCAUUCUUUCUCGAAGGUUGAAUUAGAGGAAGUUUAUACUGCGUUGUGUACAAAGUCCUCUCACGAACUUGCGAUGAAAGACCGAGAAAUUAACCAAAUGGAAAAAGAACUCUCACUAUCGAAGGAAAUGCUGAAACAAAGGAAAGCGGAGGUCGAGAAGAUGCAGCUUUGCGCAAUCGAACUCGAGCGAGAAAAAGGUCGCUUGGCUGGAGUGUUAGCAAGUCAGAAAACCUUGCGAGAACAUGUAGUAAAGAUGGAAAGUGAGAUGGCAACAAAGGAAUCAGCUCGCCUUGAGAUGGCGAGUGAAGUGGAAAGACUGAACAAAGAAGAUGAAAUUCAGAAAAAGACGGCAAGUGAACGAAUUGGAAUGCUGGAAACAACGUUGAGUAAUCUAAGGGAAGAAGGCAAAAAUGUACGGGAUGAACUUAGAAGAGAAAGGAGGGAAAAUGCUACAUUAAGAGGUGAAUUGGAAGAGAAAGUUAAUGAACGACUGGAGUUAAUCAAAAAGUUAGGUAGCGCUGAAAAACAAGUAAAGCAUUUCCAAGAAAAGAUGGAAAGGCAAAUUGAUGAAGUGAAAAGGUAUCGUACGCAGCUAGAAGUCAUAAAAAGUGGCCUCACAGAACAACAGACUGAACGAGAGAAUUUGCAAAGAAAAUUGGAGGCGGUAUUAGAACAAGAAAUGGUGAAGGACAGUCAAAUUCAAAGCUUGGAGUGGGAGGUUAGUCGACGAACAAAAGAGGUGGAAUACCUAAAGGAACAGUUUCGAGUGACGGAAGAACGACAGCAGUUAGAAUUGGAAAACUUGAAAACUGCUCUUCAGGUUUCCAGAAGUGAAACAACGUCCUUGCGUUCCGACUUGUCAGAAGCAAGAAAAACCAAAUGUGCUUACCAAACAAAAACGUUUGAAUUGAAGGAUUUACUUCUCACCUCCAGGCAAGUUACGGAGUCGUUAAAACAAGAGUUAUUUGUGAAGCGGCAGGAGUUGAAUUCCUUGCUGGAUGACGUCCUUGCUGCCGGGAAUCUUCAGCAACUUCAGGAGGAAGUUACUAACAGAAGAGAAGCAAUAUCCGACGAGUAUAAAGAAACAACGGACGAUACAGAUGCUGCUGGAAUAGACGAUGCAAGUUGCUUAAGGUAUGGGAAAUAGAUGCUUUGAGAAUUGGGUGAUAGGGCAAGGAAGAUAGCCUGCAAAGCAGGCGUAUUUUGCUGUGCGAUCAAUUCGACUGACCGAGAGUUGGGGCGAGUCAAAAAAUAAUUCCAAGGGAGAGGCUGACGCGUCAAAAUAGGGGAGAGGGAGAGGGCAGGGAGAAAAAGGUUUUUUCCUUUUCCUCCCCGCCCCUCCCCCUGGCCUUCCCCUCCUUCAUGUACCUUUUGCUCGCGCUUCUCAAACAAAAACAAAAACCAAAAAAGAAAAGCCUGCAGAGGGCGCAUUUCAUUGACGACUUACGGACUGGGUGGCUCACUAACCGGCCGAGUUAACUAACUGAAUGUGUGUGGGUUUGUAGUAUUCUUAUGUCUCGGGAAACCACUGCUGAAGUACCGUUUUGAUGUCUGUUUGUUACACAGUGAAAUGCAGCUUUUGAUAAGCUCUUGUUUGUGCUGGCAGAAUUAUCAGUGGAUUCUGGCUUUAUUGCAAUUUUCUCGUCCCCAGGGCCCUUCCUUUCGUGCGGUCACUUGGUUAGCGAAACGUGCUUGUGGCGCAUACGCGGCAGUUUUAAAUAUCACUACCAUUGUUCAAAGCGGAUUUGAAUCAAUCGCAUUGUCUCUUUGGGGAGAAAAGGGACGAGAGGUGCAGGGGACGAGAGUGUAAUGACAAGAGUGACAGGUUUAGUCAAGAGAAAGCGAGGAAAUGACCCUCAUUUCUUCUUGCUUUAGAACAGGUGUUACGCCCAACCGUUCAUUUAAACUGCUCACUGCACUGAUUGAUUCUUUUUUACGUACCGGACGUUAGGAGAAAACUAUCGAGUUCAAUUUACACCCUCGAUUACGCGGGGGGCGGAGAGGGGGGGGGGGUAACUUUGGAUAGUGGGUGGGGACACAGUCGAUUGUGCUCACAAAUCUUGUCUUUUUCCAGGCCUGUAGCCGGUCUUCAAGAGUGCAUGUCUUCACUCAGGUGAGAUAACGGGAUUUCAUUACUAACGAUUAUUUUUCUUCUGAAUUGAACAAAUACAGUCAAACCCGUUAAUACUGUCACUGAAGGGGUCACAGAAAGUGCCCGUAUUAUAAUAAGCGGGUGAAAUUUAGGAAAAAUGUAAGGGCUUUCCUUCCUCAAGGACAAAGCAAACUGUCAGUAAUAAUUAAGUGUCCAUGUUAGGCGGGUGUCCGUAAAGCGGGGGUUGACUGUAAUAGACAAUAUGUAUGACCUACUUGAGUUGCCACGUUUAAAUCUUCUUUUCUUUUGAAUGCCAUUGUUAUUUUCAUAAUUUUGUGUUCGACAAGCAAAUCGUUUACUGCUCUGACCUUACCUUUAAAUUGGUUGGAUUUUCCAGGUCGCAAAUCAGUAAUCUACAGAAGCAAAUGAAUGAUCACACAGACUCCGUGUUAACUGCUACAACAUCCUGGAGGUAAAACAGCCUGGGUAUUUUUAACAUUGGGAUAGCCUGGGUAACAGGCGUCGAAUAGGCUGGGGUAGGGGAUUGAGAACAAGGGAAAAAGGGAGGGGGGUUGUGGAGAGAGGGUACCCAGGUCUCGUACCGAGACGUUUUGAUCGCUCACGUUUGGUUGUUUCGUCCACGGGAUAAAACUUCGCAUGACAUAUCCUGAUGCCAAAGAUAUAUUCUGGCUGGGACUGGGGUCAAGGCUGGAACAAAUCACGUGCUUCCUUUCAGCUCCCUUUUUCUAAUCUUUCGUUGCUGCUCUUUUUACUGAAAACCUUUUUUUAUAUUUUAGAUCUUUUAAAGAAAAUUUUCACCAACUGCAAGCAAGUUGUAGUUCACAAAGCAUUCAGCUGUUAACAGCCGAGAAAGAUGACUAAAUUAUCACCAGAAUGUUGGGUUUCCUUGCGCCUGUGUCGUCCGACAGCCGUGACUGGUCGUUAUGUCAGAUUCUUAAGACACAUACGCCGCUAAACGCAACUUGCCAAGGAACAUUUAGAAAAUUCUUGUAAUAACUGUAUUCGCCACGAACACAUCUCAAAAGUGUUUUUGCGAUAGGUGUUCAAGCUGCUGUUGUGAAGUGCUUCACGCUGUAAACCUUGUUCGAACAGCACAGUUACUAGCGUUCAGCUCUCUAUACACUCAAAUUAUAGUUUUUAAUAGCCUUCUAACAGGCUAACUUGUGCGAGUUCCUCGUUGGAUGGCGGUUCCACCGCCAAAAUAAUUUUCUCCGAAUUGGCACAAGUGAGCCUGCGCAGGUUACGUUUAUAACAAAUUUGGAUUGUUUAAUUUCUUGAUUUGUGGCUAAAACUCUUAAGCCCGCUAAAAAAUCCAGCGAAGACGUUUUGCCGCGUACUAUGUUUUGUGGAGUUAAAAAAAUUCAAAAUCGAAAAUAAUCGUGAUGUUUUCUGUUGGUUUUCACUGCCCUAUCUUCCCCCAAUCAAUGUGUCUGUUAUUUAGAAAAUAGCUGAUACAAUUCAGCCGAAACGUCUUAAACUCUGGAAGGUGUCUUCUGACUUGUAUAGUUUUGGGUUUUCUUUUAAAGUUUUAGCGCCCACGGUUUAUCUAGCAUGACGUAGAGUAGCUACGGUGCACUUGUAAAUAACACUUGGAAAAGAUUUACUGAAUUGAGCAACCUCAAUGGUUAUAAAAAUACUUAUUAUAAAAACUAUUUUUGUCGUUGUAUUAACA